AUAAACUCCUCCCAUAACAAGACACGGCGUUUUCAGCGUCUUGAAUUGGUUGAGGGAACAACAUGUCAACAAGACACGAAACCAACAGUCCUCGAGCUGUGACUUGACAAAAUGAGACGGAUCCCAAGGCCACUGAAAAGGCUCAUAAUGAACAAGAGGAAAAUGUUACAUUGAGAGAAGGAAAAAUGGAUGCAAGACUCAAUUUUGCACAAAUUUUGCAAGUUAUUCACUUUUGUUCUCUGUCUGCCAAAUGUCUUCUAUAGUCUGUAUAAAAUUUUAGCCUGCAGUUUUAUCAGCUUUUCAACUGUGAAUUCAAAAACUAAGACUCAGAAUGUACCAAGUAGUCCCAGGAGGUGCAGGAGGAACAAUUACUGAUGGCAUGCCCAUCAAGAAGAUAGACAAGGACAGUCGCCCUCUGGUGGGGGCUGGAGUUAUUGGUGUGAUUCUGGUGAUUGCAGCAGUGACUGCAUGGUGCUAUUAUAUUGCCUCCCUACGUAAAGCUGACCUGCUGAAGACAGAAUUGCUUGAUUUGAAUAAGGAUGGCUUUCUCAUCCGUAACCAGGCUGGAGGGAUUGUCUUGAAGAUGGGCUUCAGAUCUGGCACGCUUGAUCUAGACUCCUGCUCGAAGGAGGGAGUGAUCCUUCGCUGCUCACGUUCGUUUGCUGGCAAGGUGAACUUCUUCAUUAUGACCGUAAAGCCAAAGGAAACGGUGAUGUGUUACCGUGUGCGUUGGGAAGAGUUGGAGUCAGACCGACCUGUGGAGCACGCCAUGUCCUACAAUGAAUCGCACUGGUAUGGUGGUGCUGAGACUGCUGUUCAGCAUUGGCCUAUUGCCAUUUUGGGCCAGCAGGCACCCAAACCUUUUGUCACCAGUGACGUGUACUCCAAUCGCCAUGACUUCGGUGGCAUCCUGGAGCGCUACUGGCUUUCGUCCAACGCGACUGCCAUUAAGAUCAAUGACUCUGUGCCCUUCCACCUGGGCUGGAAUGAUACAGAGAAAACCAUGUACUUCCAGGCACGAUAUCAGGACAGUCCAUACAAACCUGCACCUGGAAGGCCUCCCUAUGCUGAGCUUAGUUACAGAGUCUGUGUGGGCCCAGAUGUGACCUCUAUCCACAAGGUCAUGGUUCGUCGAUACUUCCCUAAACCCAACAAAGUGCCUGCCAAAGAAAUGUUCUGGCACCCAAUAUGGUCCACCUGGGCUUUACAUAAAACUGACAUCAAUCAGGAAAAGCUUUUAACUUAUGCAGAGAAUAUAAGCAAACAUGGUUUUAACUGUAGCCACUUAGAACUUGAUGAUCGUUACACCAGUCAGUACGGGGAAUUUGAGUUUGACACACAGAAGUUCCCAAAUGCUUCUGCCAUGUUUCAAAAGCUCAAGGCAGAUGGCUUCCUGGUAUCCCUGUGGACACAUCCCUUUGUGAAUUAUGAUUCUACCAAUUUUGGGCCAUGUGUACAGAAAGGGCUGUUCGUGAUGGAGCCUACAGGUCAACUUCCUGCCUUGGUUAAGUGGUGGAAUGGCAUUGGUGGAAUCCUCGAUUUUACCAAUUCAGAAGCUCGCAACUGGUUCAUGUCCCAGCUUCGCUCUUUACGCCAGAAAUAUGGUGUUUCUUCCUUCAAGUUUGAUGCAGGCGAGACCAACUACUUGCCCUGGCAGUUUAGAACUCGAGUCCACCUCCCCGACCCAAGCACCUUCACUCGCCGCUACACCGAAAUGGCCAUUCCUUUCAACGAACGUGCUGAACUUCGGUCUGGCUACAGCUCUCAGAAUAUCUCCUGUUUUUUCCGUCCAAUCGACCGGGACUCUGUGUGGGGCUAUGAACUUGGCCUGAAGUCCCUGAUUCCAACCGUCCUCACUAUUAGUAUCCUGGGCUACCAGUUUAUCUUGCCAGACAUGAUUGGAGGCAAUGCCUAUCCCAACCGUACUGAUGGAAACAGCAAGCUGCCAGACCGUGAGCUCUAUAUUCGGUGGCUGGAGCUGUCUGCUUUCAUGCCUUCCAUGCAGUUCUCCAUUCCUCCAUGGGAGUACGAUGACGAGGUGGUGGCUAUCGCUCAGCGGUUCACCGAACUACAUGAGACACUAGUGGCUCCCAGGGUCAUAGAACUGGCUGGAGAAGUACUGGACACUGGGGACCCCAUAAUUCGCCCAUUAUGGUGGAUCGCCACCAGUGAUGAAACGGCUUAUAGAGUUGACUCACAGUUUUUGAUAGGAGAUGACUUGAUGGUGGCACCAGUACUGGAGCCGGGCAAGCAAGAAAGGGAUAUCUAUCUACCAGCUGGACGCUGGAAAAGUUACAAAGGAGAACGAUUUGACAACAAAGAGCCAAUACAUCUAACAGAUUAUCCAGUUGAUCUUGAUGAAAUUGCUUACUUUGAAUGGGCUCAGUGAGACUUAUGGGAAGCAUCUGGAGUUUUGAGCAUGUCUUCCAUUAAAAGGGUUUGUGAAGAUAUUAAUUAAUUUUUUUUCUUCAGGGAAUUUAGUUAUUCAUCCAGGGUUUAAAUUUAACAAAAACAGGACUAUUUAAGAAAUAAGCUUCCGGUUGCAUAUUUUGACAUUCUUCAUCAGCUUGGCUGUGCUGUUUUGUGCCAUUACAACAGUUAAACAUGCAUUCGAUAUCUGAAGCUAAUGUCUUAAUCCGUGCCUUGCAUUUAAACAGUGAAUGUCUUUGAGAUACCAGCCCAAAACUUUGACACAGUUAAGCUUUUACAUAUGCUUCUUGCCAAAUUAACUAACUUUAAGGAUGUAUUAACGGGCUGUGACAGGUAAUUUUGCACAAUAUAUCCUUGACGUUCUCUCAUCUGCAUUUUUAAAAAGGGAAAUUUUACCAGUACUGUACAUAAGCCUUCCUCUUGCAAGGCAUAUGUUAUUAUUUUCAGAUGUUCUCCACAUAGCAAAUCAACUUGAUUUCUCUGAAAUGUACAAUUUUGCGAAUGCAUUUAAAACACUAAUGUAUGGCUUUUUAACUGCAAGCAAUAACAAUGUUGCAUCCCCUAUAUACUACAGUAAACUUAGGCUGUGCAUGCAUCACAUUUGAGCAUAAUCUGCCCUACUCUUGUCUUGUAAGCACCAAUACUUGAAAUAAUCACAUUAGAAGUUUGUAUGAGUAAUGUUGCAUUAAUGACCAGCAGUCUUUUUUAAUCUACUUGCUAAACUGUCAUUAUGUAGUGCCAAAUACAUCACCAACAGGCCUUGUUCAAGCAUUACUGCAUUACUGCCACAUUCACAAAAACAUUUCCUGCCACAUAAAAUACAGUUCUUUUUCUUUUCAUAUUAAGUUGAUGUGUGCUGCUCAUCUUGUUUUGAAUAUUGUGCCGUGCUGCCUAAUUUUUGUGUUUUGCAAUAAGGGCACAACACUUAAUGCUUAGUCAGUUAAUCUUUAUCAGAUUAUAUUUUUGCUGUGCAAGGGUCACCUUUGUGUUUGUUGUGUUUGUUUAACGCUCUUCCAGCACGCUGACAAUCGACUUGCACUGCAAGCUUUCUCUAAUCUACGACCUUCAAGCUUAUUUUUAGCUCUUCCCACACAACUGUGAAAGCGCACUCAUCCACUCUGGUGAAACAAUGAAUCUGUCAAGCAAUGUAUCUGCUCUAAAAGUAGCUACAGAGUACGUAGACACAUGGCAGCUGCCUUUUCAGUACUUGAGCACCUCAAAUAACCGUUUAGUGUGUUGCUUCCUGGUAUUUUAAUAACUUACUUGAGAAGAGGUGUUUGGGAUGAUUUUCUUCACUGGGACUAUGUGCUUAUGGAUUUUAGAGGAGAUUUUAUGGAUUUCUGAGGAGAUCUUGUUAAUAGGCCCCUGACAGUGUGGGCCCUUGGUUGAACCAGACAGACUAGACUGCUGAUGUUCCAGUUUUUUUUUUUUUUCCAUAAAGACUGAUAUUGUGUGAACAUAAAUUCCCAGAAGCAAAAAUGCUUGUUUGUACAUCUUAUAGACUUUGUGUGUGUGUGUGUGUGUGUGUGUGUUCCUUCACCAUCAUCUGUGUGUGGCUUUUAAAAAUGUCUAAAAAUAUCCAAAAUGUCUCGGACUAAUACAUUUCUGUUUUUAUUUCAAAACAAAUAGUAGUGAAUGAAAAGUAUUUAUUUGUUUUGUGAAUAAAACUGCAUUUUGCUUUGCAUUUCACAUGUCCUGGAAAAGCAAAUGCUGAGUUUGACCAGCUGCCCUGAAAAUAGUAUCGCUCUCCAGAGUGUCACAGGAGGGCAGUGUUCACCUGCUUUUCUAGUCCUCCACUUGAAGCUUGUGAAGUGUGUUGGCAUGGCACAAGAAAAUCCUGUACUUUGUUAUUUCAGUAUUUUUCUCUCACUGAAUAUAAUUAGCCUGAUAUUGAAGUAAAGUGGUUCCAUUAAACUUUUGACCUCUCUCAAGAGUUAUGAGUUAUUAAUUGUAUACUUUCUCCUCUGCAUUAAUUGUACUGCCCUACAUUAGCGAUAGACUUCAGUGGUCGAAUGAUGCCACCCACUCACUAUUCAGUUCACUAUUUUCCCAUUUUAUAA